UCGUAGUGUUUCCAACUUACCACAGAAUUAAAACACGUCCAUGUAAUAUUCCAUUGGCAUCCGAAUCCCUUUCCUUUUUAUAACUCUUUAUUAUUCUUUAAAUUUCUCACACAUACACACGCGUCUAGAGAAGCCACCUUUUUCCUCGUAUAAAUUGGACCGCUCUGCACGACAAGAAGUCAUACAAACAAAGAACUUCCCAAGACUUGCAAUUUCUUGAUCUUUCUUGCUUCUUUUUUCUUUCUUUUCUUGAGCAAAUGGCUGGAAUUUUGGUUGUUUUCGAUUUUGACAAGACCAUUGUUGAUGUUGAUAGCGAUAAUUGGGUUAUUGAUGAACUCGGUUUUACUGACUUGUUCAAUCAACUCCUUCCUACCAUGCCUUGGAACUCUCUCAUGGAUAGGAUGACGAAGGAGCUUCAUUCACAAGGAAAAACCAUUGAAGACAUGGUUGAGGUCUUGAAACGUAUUCCUAUCCAUCCUAGAGUUAUCCCUGCUAUCAAAUCAGCUCAUGCUUUAGGGUGUGAACUGAGGAUUGUAAGUGAUGCAAAUGUGUUCUUCAUUGAGACAAUCUUGAAACAUCUCGGAUUAAGAGAUUAUUUCUCUGAAAUUAACACAAACCCAGGAUUUGUUGAUGAUGAAGGAAAAUUAAGGAUUUUCCCUUACUAUGAUUUUACUCAAUCUUCCCAUGGCUGCAGCCUUUGCCAACCAAACAUGUGUAAGGGACACAUCAUUGAAAGAAUUCAAGCUUCAAUGUCAAAGGAAGAUAAAAGCAAGAAAAUUAUCUAUCUUGGGGAUGGUGCUGGUGAUUAUUGUCCAAGCCUGAAGCUUACAGAGGCAGAUUAUUUAAUGCCAAGGAAGAAUUUCCCAGUGUGGGAUUUAAUUUGCAGCAAUCCUAUGGUUAUCAAGGCAGAGAUUCAUGAAUGGACUGACGGAGAAGAGCUCGGACGUGUUCUGAUUGAGAUCAUUGAUAGAAUUUGUUUGGAAGAGAGAAAUGGCAGCUCUGAUCAAUUGUUCUCAUCAGAUUGCAAGUUGCAGACUGUAUCAAUUGCUGCCUUGCCUCAAGCUGUUCCUGUUCCUCGUUAUUAGAUAAGUAGAGAAAGACUUUUCUAGGCAAUUAGAGAAAGAGAAGGAGAGGUGGUGAUGACUCUCAACACAUUGGACUCGUUUGUGGAAGCCUGGAAUAUUGUACUCUCGCUAUUAUUUUCAGAAGAACUGUCAUUAAUAUUUGCCGAAGUU